UUAAAAACGAUCCCGUGUUAAGACAGUCUUACGUCGCGAGAUUCGUCGUUCUGGUGUAACCUGCUUGGCGCGUUGCAAAGAAACGAAAAGAAAAGAAAAGAAGAGAAAAGAAAGGAAGAGAAAAGAAGAAGAAGAAGAAGAAGAAUAAGUUCUCUUCGAAGGAGAAAGAGAAAAUGAAAUUUGUUUUGGUAAAAUAGUUGGCAAACGAUAAGAUCGUUCCGAACGUCGAUCGUUCGGCUUGGAUUGCCAUUAAAAAAUGUCUUCGAACGAUCUUCUUUAACGCGCGCGCGGUGUUUUCGUUUAUAUUUACCAAGUGUAUAAGAAAAAUGGCUCAAGAGACCGACGACAUCAACUUGACUCCUCAAGAAUUACAGAUAUUAUCCGAAUUAGACAGUCGACAAUUUGGAUUUCUUAAACUGAACGCACCCGAGCAGACAAAGAGAAAGGCUUUGGUAGUGCGUGCAAUUAAGUACUUAGAAAGAAUGCUGGUCCAAGCGCAGUCUGAAAAACAACGUAGAAAAGCAGAUAGUACUAAAUUAAAUUCAGAGGAGUCAAAGGACGACGAAGAAGACAACGGGAUUAGCAUUGAUCCAAAGACUUAUUGUAAAUUAGGUCAUUUUCAUUUGCUAUUGGAAGAUUACACUAAAGCCAUGUCGGCGUAUCAAAAAUUCUAUUCGUUAAAAGGUGACUACUGGAAGGAUGCUUCGUUUCUCUAUGGACAAGGACUCGUUUAUUUUCAUUUUAAUGCCUUUCAGUGGGCCGUGAAAGCCUUCCAACAGGUGCUAUGGGUAGAACCAAGUUUUCCACGAGCCUGCGAGGUUCACCUAAGGCUUGGCUUGAUGUUGAAGGUCCACGCUGACUUCGAUGCAGCUUUGAAGCACCUGACGUUAGCUUUGAUCGAUGCAACCACACCUGCUUCCUUCUCCAAACUCGAAAUCAAAUUUCAUAUCGCUCACCUGUACGAAGUUCAAGGAAAAUAUCGUCUAGCAAAAGAGCAUUACGAAGCUUUACUCAAGGAAAAAGCUUUGCCGUCGCAUUUAAAGGCUGACAUUUGUCGUCAGUUAGGAUGGAUGUACCAUGUCGUUGAUUGUUCCAUAUUAGGAGUAACUAGACAACAGAAGCAAGCUAUAGCUAUUCACUGCUUACAAAAAUCUAUUGAAGCUGAGCCUAAAAGUGGACAGAGUCUGUAUCUUCUUGGACGGUGUCUUGCUGCUUCUGGAAAAGUUCAUGAUGCUUUCAUCGCUUAUAGUAAUCUUCUAUACCUUUGUAGAAAUUCCGUGGAAAAAUCAGAAGGAAACGCUGAUACCUGGUGCAGUAUAGGUGUUCUAUACCAGCAACAGAAUCAGCCUAUGGAUGCACUCCAAGCUUACAUAUGUGCUGUACAAUUGGAUAAAUCGCAUUCAGCUGCCUGGACGAAUUUGGGCAUUUUAUACGAGAGCGUUAGUCAACCAAAAGACGCAUUAGCUUGUUACGUCAACGCAUCUAGGGGAAACAACAAUACUCCUAAUUGUACGGGCCCAUUGGUAGGCCUGGGCGGUGCUAAGUCUGGUGGUAAUACUCCGAUGAACCCAUCUUUACAACAGCGAAUAAACUUUUUACAAAGUCAUCUAAGUCAAGCACCAAUGCCCUCUGUUGCUGCCAAGAGGCGGCAAUUGCCGUCAAUAGAAGAAGCUUGGAAUUUACCGAUAAGCGCAGAAAUGUCUAGUAGGCAACAGCAACAACAACAACCCCCCGGUGGGCCUGGAUACAAAUAUGGUGCAGCACCAUCUGGACCACCACCACCUUAUCCUCAAACUCAAGGACAAGGUUUAAAUGCAAAAAGAUUUAAGCCUGGAGAUGAUUCGAUAUCACCUCCGUCUCCACAAAGGCCUCCACCAUUUUAUUUAUCUCCACAACAAUUACAAAUGUUGCAAUUUUUGCAACAAAAUCAAAGCAGUUUAACGCCACAGCAGCAGGGUUUACUUGCACAACUUCAGCAUCAGUAUAGAGCGAUGCAGCAACAUCAACAACAGAUUAGAUUGCAGCAACAACAAGCUGCUCAGAGAGGCCUUAGGCCAGGACAACCAGGUUAUCCUACUGCUUACGCUCAUGGACAGCCAUCGGGGCAACCUGGUGUUAUAAAGAAUUAUGGUAUCCCUCAGCAACCGUUGCAGCAAGGAGGAACUGUGGCUUUACAAACGGGAUUUUCCGACUCAAACGUAGGCUACAAUACCGUUGCAACGGGUAACACACAAACCCCUGGGAUGCCUUAUAAAUCUGCUUCUGAUCCUAAUUACCCUCAAAGACAAUUGACUCAGAGUGGUCAAUUCAAUCAGUAUCAGUCGAACCAAUAUACUGCACAAGGCUAUGCUCAGAUCUCUUCGACGACAAGUAGUUAUCCUGAAGGUUCAGCAGGAAACAAGGACUUAGGUGUCACGGAUCAAGAAUUGCAAGCUUUGCUGUCUCAGAAAGAUAUUGCGACGUCAUUGGCAGAAGACUUGUUAAAACAUUUUGGAUCAGAGGACUUGGACGUUAAAGAAGAACCACCUGGUAUUAUGAACAAUGGUACUUUGAGUUCCGGUCCAUUUUCUCCAUCCAAUAUGGAAGAGAACGCCGAUAAGAUAAAGGAAGUUAAACUGGAAAAGAUGGAUGAAGUUCAACCAUCGUCUACCUCCAAUAUAGAAAUGUUCGAUAAAAACGAGUCUAAAUCAUCGAUUCCAGUGGUCGAAACUAUAAAAUGCGAGGCGACGUCUAGUACAAAUAAAACUGAAUCUAUAACACGAACAGAACCUGUUCUGAAAUUAGAGAGUUUGUGCGAGUCGCAGCCAGAGCAAGAAUUAAGUAUAGAGAUGGACUCGAAAACUAUUAUCGAGGCGUGUAAGGGCCAAGGAUUAAAAGGAGUUCCAAAUUGUUCGAUUCUAAGUGACCGUUCACCUCCACCGGCACCUCCAGAUCCUCCUAGUCAAAGAUUGACCAAGGAACAACUCUUACCACCUACGCCUAGUGUCUAUUUAGAGAAUAAGAAGGAUGCAUUCAGUCCACAAUUGCAAGAAUUUUGUCUGAAACAUCCUAUAGCUGUAAUCCGUGGUUUAGCGGCCGCCCUUAAAUUAGACUUAGGUCUUUUUUCAACUAAAACAUUAGUAGAAGCCAAUCCCGAUCAUGGUAUCGAAGUUAGAACACAAGUCCAACAGACGAGCGAUGAGAAUUGGGAUCCAGUAGUCGGUAGAAAAGUUUGGGGUUGUAUUAGUCAUAGAAGUCAUACAACUAUAGCUAAAUAUGCUCAAUACCAAGCUUCGAGUUUUCAAGAAAGUUUGAAGGAAGAACGUGAAAAGUCUCAGGGCAUACAUACAUCGAACUUAUCGGAUUCAGAUUCGAAAGAUAGUACAGGCGCAGUUAGGCGAAAGAAAAAUGCAUUUGGACUUGCUGGUCGUCCAGGUUCAAAAAUGUUACGUUUUGGGACCAAUGUCGACUUGUCCGACGAGAGAAAGUGGAAAACCCAAUUACAAGAACUUAUGAAGUUACCUGCUUUCGCAAGAGUUGUAUCGGCUGGCAACAUGCUCAGUCAUGUUGGUCAUGUUAUAUUGGGAAUGAAUACCGUGCAAUUAUAUAUGAAGGUGCCUGGAAGUAGAACACCUGGUCAUCAAGAAAAUAAUAAUUUCUGUUCAAUCAAUAUUAAUAUCGGACCAGGUGACUGUGAAUGGUUUGCAGUACCUGAUGCUUAUUGGGGUGUCAUUUGUGCCCUAUGCGAACGUAAUAAUAUCAAUUACCUUCAUGGUAGUUGGUGGCCUUCGUUAGAAGAUUUAUAUGAAGAAAACAUUCCUGUCUAUAGGUUUUUGCAAAGACCAGGAGAUCUUGUUUGGGUCAACGCUGGUUGUGUACAUUGGGUGCAAGCAGUAGGUUGGUGUAAUAAUAUUGCGUGGAAUGUAGGACCUUUAACUGCUCGUCAAUACCAGCUUGCUAUAGAACGUUAUGAAUGGAACAAAUUACAAUCCUUCAAAUCCAUAGUGCCAAUGGUUCAUCUAUCUUGGAAUUUAGCUAGGAAUAUCAAAGUGUCGGAUCCAAGGCUAUUCGAAUUGAUUAAAAAUUGUCUUUUAAGGACGAUGAGACAGUGUUGUUUAAUAUUAGAAUUUGUAAAGAGCAAAGGUGUAGAAGUUCGAUUUCAUGGACGUGGAAAGAACGAAGCGUCGCAUUAUUGUGGACAAUGCGAGAUCGAAGUUUUUAAUAUCCUAUUUAUACGCGAACAAGAGAAACGUCAUGUCGUGCAUUGUAUGGAUUGUGCACGGAAACAAGCACCAUCGUUGGAAGGAUUUGUUUGUUUAGAAGAAUACAGAAUGCGAGAUUUGAUGGAUGUUUAUGAUGGAUUUACUUUGCACACCUCGUUAAACGCUCCUUCGUUAUCAGGACAAACCAGCCAAUCCUCCUGAGGUUACAUGCAACACAGAUAUUUGGACUUCUUGGGCACUUUACAGUGACUUAGAUAGUACAAUUUCUGUGUAUAAUAUAUAUAUAUAUAAAUAUAUAUAUAUAAAUAAUUAAUCUAAUUAAUAAUAAAUCUGUUAGUAAUCACGACGUACCUGAGAGCUAAAAAAAAAGUAAAGAUAACGACGACGAUGAUGAUAUAUGUGUAUAUAUAUGUUAUAUAUAUACACAUCAUACACCAUGAGAAAAAAUGAAAGAUAAUCUUUGUCACAGAUAACUCCAAUAGUUAUCUUUUUAAUCUUUCUUUAGAGUACCAUUUAUAUAAUAGUAAUAAUAAUAAUAAUAUUAAUAAUAAUAAUAAUAAUAAUAAUAAUUAAUAAUUAGUUCGAUUGUUUGAAAUUUUCAAGAAUUUCGUACUUUCUAAUUCUAUUUCUCCGAGCUCUCGGGUAUGGUUCUAUUGUUGAAUUCGAGAGAAGACUGUUUUCAAUUGUAAAUUAGUCGAAUGAGAGGAAAAUGAUAAGUGUAUGUAAAGAAUGAAGAAGACAAAGAAGGAGAGAAAAGGAUCGAUAACGAAGGAGCGCGCGCUUGUAUAUUAGUUACCAAAUUCGAUUAAACAUUAUUAAGAUUAAUCCGAAUUUAGAAUUAAUAAUGUUUAGUAAAAAUCUAACGAAGAAAAAAAAGAAAAGAAAGAAAAGGAUCUUGCAUUCUUUUGAACUGUUUAUUAUAUAUAGUUAAAAGAUUAAGUGAUAAGUGAUUUUUUCUCUUCGAUCUUGUAAUUAAUUAAUUUUUUUUUUUUAAAUCUCUCUCAUUUUACUUCUCAUAAUUAAGUCAAACGAAUGAGUUAAAAAAAUUUGAUCAGAAAAAAAAAAAUAAUACUAAAUUUUGCGAGAACAUUUCACUGCCAUGGAUUACGUUGGAGAACAAUGUUCUCAUUUAUUAUUAUAGUUCAAAUUCAUAAACUAUUAUUAAGUAUCGUUAACUACUUUUAAAUUGAUUAGAAUAUCUAAUGAAUGAUAAAUAAAAGUAAUUUAAAUAAAAGGAAGAAAAGGGAAAGAGAGAAAGAGAAAGAUAAACGACAACAACUGUUUGUGAAACGUGUGUCGAGAAGAGAGAUUAUUAUAUUAUUAUUAUCAUUAAAUUGAUUUUUAUGAAAUCAUUCUUGUAUAAAAGUGGUGGCAUAUGACAAUGCUAAAGUUCUAAUCUCUACUGCCUAGAAUGUAUAAUAGCUAAUAUUAUUUUCUACGUCCAAACAUAACGAUGAGAUCAAAAAAUUAAUAGGAGAAUUGGUUGUACUAUUCGAAAAAAAGAAGAAAAAAAAAGAACAUCUUUUCUAAACAUCAGAAAAUGAUUAGGAUGGCCUUCAGAAAAAUAAAAUAGGACGAUUAGAAUGUUCCAAAGAGUGAUCCAUAUAAAGUGUUACAAACCAUUUUUGUUUUAAUUUAUAAAAACUAUUCGACUUAAAAGAAGAAACUAUUAUUCAAUAGAAAUGUUCAUUAAAUUUCUAUAAUCUUGUAAUUAAUUAAAAUGGAAUGAUGUAAUUAAAAUUGUUUAAUAUGUUAUUUAUUAAAAAUAUUUUCUAACGUUUUAUUUGGAUCGCUCUUCAAUUGAAAACUAUUAGCAUGAUUACGAAUUAGAAAAAUAUUAUACGAGAGUGGCAUUGUAUAAAUAGAAAGACUAUUCAUUUGUACAGUUUAUUCAAACGUCUAACGAUAAUCUAAAAUUGCAAAGGAGGAGAGAAUUAAUAUAGAAAACACGUACCUUCUUCACAGUCUCGUCAAUUCACUGCGGCGUUUUCUUUUUUUAAAUUGAACGCUUUGAACAUACAUACGUGCCAGAAAUGAAUAAAUAAAAAAAAAAGUAAAAGAAAAAAAAGAGAUGAAUAAGCAAAGAAAUGAAUGAGUAAAAAAAUAAAAUUUUAUGUACUACGAGCAAUUUACAAUUUCGUCGAAAUAUAAUGUAUUUUUCGCAAAGAGAUGAAGAAACAGAGAGAGAGAGAGGGAGA